AUGGAUCCCCUCAGUAUUACGGCGUCUACUCUCGCCGUCAUCCAAUCCCUAAUAGCAGCAUUUGAAGCAAUUCGGCAUAUCAAAGGUCUCCCCAAAGCAUUCAACAAUGUAGGAGAAAGCCUUCCCCUGGUCAAGGAAACUUUAGAGCUUGCCCAAGAAGUGCUCUGUGAGGAAAAUCCAGACGAUGCUGUCAAGCGGGAGACUGCAAAAACACUCCAAGACUGCCAGAAGAAGGCCAAAGUCAUCAACAGCAUCUUCAAAAACAUCGAGGAAGGGAGAAAAAAGGAGAAGGAUGCUAAGGACUGGUCCUUCUUUUCCCGCUUUUAUCGUGAAAAGGUUCUUCCCAUGGGGAAAGCGCACAAGGUGGAAAAGUUGAUGGAGCAAGUUCUGGCCAAGUUGAAGAUUCUGGGCAUCAAUCAAAUUUUCAGGGCACGCGCCGACUUUCAAAGUCAAGUUGAGAAGCUCAGCAGCGCCAUCAGAGCGCUGUCAGAGGUGGAACCGUCAUUGGAAGACUCGGAAUUCGACGCAGCUGCGACGAACUACACCAUGAACGUCUCUGAUUAUGGCAGGGGUCUCAUGGCUACGGGAGAGAAUGCCAAUGUCACAAUGGGGGAUAGAUUCGAGGCUGCUGGGAGCAUGAACUUCGCUGGCAUGGGGAAAACGGUUCUGAUGUCGAUUGUCAUCAACAAACUCCUUGGAAUGUCCUCGGUCAACAAUAACAUUGCCUGCGUAUAUGUCUACUUUGAUUACAGGCUUCAGAACGAGCAAAAUCUCACAAACGUUCUGUCCAAUCUCCUACUUCAACUCCUACAGAGUCGUAAUGGCACAUCGAGUAAAGUUCAGGAGUUCCACGGAGCUUGGAACCGCAAGCGUUCUCACCUGGGAGCUAAAGAGUACCUUGAGAUGCUGAAGGCAGAAUUAAAAGCUUUCAAAACCGUCUAUUUGGUAGUUGAUGCGUUGGAUGAGUGCCAGGAUGACGGCGAACCACACACUCUGAACAGCUUCCUGCAGGCCUGCCAGACAUUCCCAGAAACGGUCCGCAUGCUUUUCACGUCGAGACUGUUUCCACGGCUAGAGCAGCUGAUACAGCUGGACUGCAAGAAAUCAAUAUCUGUUGAUGAGGCCGAUAUCAGGUCAUACCUCGACACGUUCCUAGAAUGCGAUCCCCAGUUUCAAGGGGUGGUUGAAAGCGGGAAAGCGAAGACAAAGUCGUUCUGGGACAAAGUCUCGGACACAAUAGUUGAAAAGUCCCAAGGAAUGUUUCUGCUUACUUAUAUGCACAUGGAGUCGCUGUCCUCAACACACAACUUACACGGAUUCAACCACGAACUAGCCAACCUCAUGACAACUCCCGACGAUGUCUACGAAGCAGCCCUUUAUCGAAUCAGCCAGCAGAAUACUCGUCGUCGGAAUCUUGCCUUCAACGCUCUCGCUUGGCUUGUCUACGCCCGGAGACCCCUGGCAGUUGACGAACUCGCACAUGCGGUAGCCAUUCAGGAUGCGCGACAGGGGCAUCUCUUGGACUCAUCCGAGAUCCACGGAACCGAAGAGGCUGUCACAACUGCCUGCGCUGGCAUUGUCAUUGUGGUUCCCAUAGACGCUAGGACGAAGGUUUUCCGUCUGGCGCACGGCACCGCAGAGGCAUACUUGAGAGAAUGUCAGCUCCCAUUCAUUCAGACCGGCCAUUCAGCAAUCGCAGAAACUUGUCUGCGCUGUCUCACACAGAUGCCGCCUAGAGCGCAGGGGUCUGGGAAAAGCGACUCUACAACAUAUCCUAUCGUCAGGUACGCUGCUAGUCACUGGGGCCAUCACCUGUCCGCGGCAUCUACAGAAGGAGUUAAGGGUGACCUCUACAGGUUAGCCUGGAUAUACGCAUCCAACCAACCAUUAUUGAACUACAUGAUGCAAUUCGUUGCCGAUCCAAUACUUCACCGCGAGUCGAAUGUUUCUGGGGUUCAUAUCGCCGCUUAUUUCGGACUAGAGAAACUGAUCAGAAGGGUAACAACGAUGAAUCUCAACAUCGAUCUCAAUGCACAAACCAAACGCCUGGAGACCCCUUUGCACUGGGCAGUAACCCACAAAAAGGGAAGUUUCAUAAAUAUGCUAAUCGAGAAAAACGCCGACCUGAACAUUGUGAACAUUGAUAAGAGGACAGCAUUGCACAAGGCAGUCAUGGCCAACGACAAAGACACAAUUGGGAGACUCCUUGAUGUUGAUUCAAGACUACGCAGCCUCGAGAUCCAGGACUCCAAGGGGUUUACUUGUCUAAGGUGGGCAGCCAAGUAUUGGCAGUCCGAUGUGGUCGAAAUGCUAUUGAAAGCCGAAGCUAAUAUCGACGCCUGCGACAAAGAUGGAUACACGGCACUUCGAUGGGCGGCAUCCGAAGGCAAUAAGAAACUGAUCAAGAUGCUCGUUCGACGUCACGCAUCUAUCAAGACCCCAAGCAAAGACGAAUGGACGCUGCUCCUAUGGGCGGCAGCGGAGGGCCACGAGGACAUCAUCAGGUUUCUAGCCAAGAGACAGGUCAACCUCAAUGAGACGGACGAAGAGGGUUUCACGGCUCUCAGACGGGCAGUAGACUACAGUCGCUCCAUGCCUGCUUGGCUGCUCAUCCAGGCCGGCGCAGAUGUCAACAAACCGGACAACAAAGGUUGGCAUCCGCUGCACGCAGCAGUGGAAAAUUGUUGCCGAUCAAGCGGCGUCAAUAAGAAGAGCUCCCUAAACAUCCUAUGGCUUCUUCUGCAAAACCAAGCAGAAGUCAACGCGCCGACCAAGCAUUACGAAAGGACACCACUUCACAUGGCGUCUUCAGGCGGGAGCGCCUCCGCCGUGUGGGUUCUGCUCGAGAACGGGGCAGAUCUGAAGCGAGUGGACACGAGUAAACGCACCGCCCUCCAUGGUGCGGUGGAAUACAAGCACAUGGAGGUCAUCCAGACUCUGCUGAAGAAAGACAGCAGGAUCGUCCACGCAGCCGACUUUGAUAAGAGAAGACCGCUUCAUGAUGCUGCGUCACAGGGCAGUCUCGCCAUCGUUGAGAUACUCCUGGAUCACGGGGCGGACAUUGACGCGCAGAGCAAAGGAGGAAUAACUGCGCUUCACCUUGCUGUGAAACAGCAGGAGAAGCAAGUUGUGGAUUAUCUACUAGAAAGAGGUGCAGACAUACACAUCCGAGAUUCCAGGCAGCAGACAGCCCUUGCUUUGGCAACUUCUCUAGGGGACGAAGCAAUCGCCGGCGCGAUCCAUCAGAUUCUUGAGAUAGACAGAGGCAUGGCCUUUGAGAAUCAAGGCUUCAAGUAUUCAUAG